GUUGACUUCUACUUAUGCUGAUCCCAGUUGAAUUUCCACUUGGUUUCUUGGUGAAAAAGUUCCUCCAACAACUCCCAAGGCCAGCUUUUUGCUCAUACUUUCCCUGUUCAUUUUAUAUACAAGGUAAGAAUAUUGAUCGUAGGGGUGGCUGACACGCAGAACACACACAUUGACGGUGGAAAUGGCCUAUCUUGUGGCGGUUAUGGUGGUGGUAGCCGCCGCUCUUGUACCAGUCUCCGCCGGGAAAACAUAUAUUGUAGGGGACAGAUUAGGGUGGACUGUUCCUCCUGAAGGCGUUGUGGCGUACUCCAACUGGGCUUCCCAACAUAAAUUCAUGGCUGGCGACAUUCUCGUGUUCAAUUUUACUAAUGGACACUCGGUGGCCACAGUUUCGACAGACGAUUUUGAUUCUUGCAACACUGAUAAUGCUGAAAGUGUCAAACUAAAUGGUCCAGCAAACUACACGCUAGAUGCUGGUGAUACUUAUUUCAUUUGCCUCGUGGAUGACCAUUGCGUCCAAGGACAACAGUUAGCAAUCACGGCUUCUGCCACCGGAUCUCCGACAAGCAGCCCAUCUCCAAGGCCGUCCGCUAGUGGCCCAUCAGGCAGCAUCACCCCUCCACCUCCCCCGGAACGAUCAUUUGCCACCAGAGUUUUUACUAUUUCUUCUAUCGUCUCUAUGUCUCUUGUGAUAGUCAACUUUUUUUAGCAAAACUUUACUGUUCUAGAUAAUGAGUUUUCGAUGUUACCUUACAUUCAA